UUUUUGGUCCUCCUUCCCUUCCGUCGUUUUUUUUACUAUUAUUAAUUAUUUAUUCAAUACCACAAGUAUACGUGAAUUUAGAUUGUAAAAAGUCUAAAUUGCCCCCUUCCCUCAACCUCCCAAGGUUGGUUGCGUAAUAAACACUGAAAGCCGGAGGGCAAACGCGUCCCGAAAACUCAUCAAAUCUUAGCUGCCACUCUCUACACUCCACUUCGACUCUCUCUCUCUCUCUCUCUCUCUCUCUCUCUUUGCAACUUCCGAAUUUUUCUAUGGCUUCCUCUUCAAUGGCAGCGAGCGGAGUGCUCAGGCCCCGAUCAUCGUCGAUGUUCCCGAAUGCUUUGAAGCAGACCCAGAACGCGAGUCUCUGCAGAAGCAGCAGAGGCCUCUCCUUUAGUGGCUCUCAUCUCUCCGGGACCAAAAUCCCAACAGCCAGCACUUGUUUGAGGAAAUGCCCCACUCACAGAGCCCCACCAUUGGUUGUGUCUCCGAAGGCUGUUUCGGAUUCAAAGAACUCGCAGACGUGUCUUGAUCCCGACGCAAGCCGUAGUGUGUUGGGGAUUAUACUGGGUGGUGGAGCUGGGACGAGGCUCUACCCCUUGACCAAGAAGCGUGCAAAGCCUGCCGUUCCAUUGGGAGCAAACUACAGGCUGAUCGAUAUUCCAGUCAGUAAUUGCCUCAACAGCAACGUAUCCAAGAUCUAUGUGCUGACCCAGUUCAAUUCCGCCUCUCUGAAUCGCCAUCUUUCUCGUGCUUAUGCUAGUAACAUGGGUGGAUAUAAAAAUGAAGGCUUUGUUGAGGUUCUUGCAGCCCAACAGAGCCCAGAAAAUCCCAAUUGGUUUCAGGGUACCGCAGAUGCCGUGAGGCAGUACUUGUGGUUGUUUGAGGAACACAAUGUGUUGGAGUUUUUGGUUCUUGCUGGAGACCACUUGUAUAGGAUGGACUAUGAGAGGUUUAUUCAGGCACAUAGAGAAACUGAUGCAGAUAUCACUGUGGCUGCUCUGCCCAUGGAUGAGAAGCGUGCUACUGCCUUUGGUUUGAUGAAGAUUGACGACGAGGGACGCAUUAUUGAGUUUGCUGAGAAACCUAAAGGGGAGCAACUCAAAGCUAUGCAGGUUGAUACUACUAUCUUGGGUCUUGACGAUCAGAGAGCUAAAGAGAUGCCUUAUAUUGCUAGUAUGGGUAUAUAUGUUGUGAGCAAAAAUGUGAUGUUAGAUCUACUUCGGGACAAGUUUCCUGGAGCAAAUGAUUUUGGGAGUGAAGUUAUUCCAGGUGCGACUUCCAUGGGUUUGAGAGUUCAAGCCUAUCUGUAUGAUGGCUACUGGGAAGACAUUGGUACCAUUGAGGCUUUCUACAAUGCAAAUUUAGGGAUAACCAAAAAACCAGUUCCAGAUUUCAGCUUCUAUGAUCGUUCCUCCCCAAUCUACACCCAACCUCGGUAUUUGCCUCCAUCAAAGAUGCUCGAUGCUGAUGUCACAGAUAGUGUUAUUGGCGAGGGAUGUGUGAUAAAGAACUGUAAAAUUCACCAUUCAGUCGUUGGGCUUCGAUCUUGUAUUUCGGAGGGUGCUGUCAUUGAGGACACAUUACUGAUGGGAGCAGACUACUAUGAGACGGAUGCUGACAGGAGGUUUCUGGCUGCAAAGGGUAGUGUUCCAAUUGGUAUUGGCAAGAGUUCUCACAUUAAGAGAGCUAUAAUUGACAAGAAUGCUCGAAUUGGCGACAAUGUGAAGAUUAUUAACAGUGACAAUGUGCAAGAAGCUGCGAGAGAAACGGAUGGAUAUUUCAUAAAGAGCGGGAUCGUGACAGUGAUCAAGGAUGCCUUGAUUCCCAGUGGAACAGUAAUCUAGCCACAUCUCAUGUUUUUGUACCUGUUUAAUGCUGAUCGCGAAUCUUCUUUCUUUCUUUCUGGUUACUGGCCUGAGAGAGAAGUCCCGAGUACGCAGCUAUAGCAGCAACUUAACAAGUAUACUUUGAGCUCUUCUUCUUUCUGUUCCUGUAAUGUAUAUUUCACGAUGUAAUUAUAGAGGAAGAGACCUCAGGAAUUUGCUCUCUUCUAUCUCAAAUAAAGUUUUUGCCAAAUGUUCAGUUAUC